UUUCGGUGCGUGCAGUACCUGCACGUUGUAACAGAACUUAUAUAUGCUCGUGUGCAUAUUUUCUGCAGCAGUCCUGCAGCGAGUACAGUCUGUAGGUUGUGUAAGUGCACUUCUUUUUUACACCGAGGUCUGAUUCCUGCUUUCGCUCAGCUCCAUUUGUUCCAGCAAAAUGCCUGAGGGACCAGAGCUCCACUUGGCCAGCCUGUACGUCAACAAAACAUGUGAAGGAGUGGUGUUUAGUGGACCGGUCAGAAAGUCUGAGGUCAGCAAAUGUUCUGAUGUGCCCUUCACCUGUGAGGCGUACCGCAUCACAGCCACUUCCAGAGGGAAGGAAGUGAAGCUCACCCUGACGCCCUUAAAGAGUGAUGAAUCGAAGCAGAGAGCGAAAGCAGGGCAAGCUGUGCAACCCAUGGAUAUCGUCUUUCGCUUUGGGAUGUCAGGCUUUUUCCGCUUGACUAGAGAGGAUGAGCUUCCCAAACAUGCCCAUCUGCGUUUCUAUUCCAAUGAGAAACCCUGCAGAGUGCUGAGCUUUGUGGAUGCACGCAGGUUCGGCAGCUGGCAGCACAAUGGGACGUGGCAGGCUGGCAGAGGGCCUUGCAUCAUGUUCGAGUACGAAAGCUUCAGGGAGAACGUCAUGUCACACCUGUCCGACCGGGCUUUUGACAGACCCAUCUGUGAAGUCCUGCUGAAUCAGAAGUACUUCAAUGGUAUCGGGAACUACCUGAGAGCUGAAAUCCUUUUCAGGUUAAACAUUCCCCCCUUCUUGCCUGCCAGGGCUGUGCUGGAAAACCUUGAGUCAGAGGAUUCAUGUGAAAAUCAGAAGCCAGUGAAAAAUGAGAUCUCAGACACAAAGAAGGCGUCAGCGAGAACUAAAAAGAGUGGGGUGAAAGAGGAGACGGCCGACUUGCUCAGACUCUGUCAUACAGUACCUCUGGAGGUGGUGAACCUCGGCGGAAAGGGCUAUGAUCCAGAGAAGGCAGACUACUCCGGCUUUGAGGCGUGGCUGCGGUGUUACUACGUGGAUGGAAUGACAUCCAUCCGGGACCACAAUGGCAGAACUAUGUGGUUCAAAGGCGAUGCAGGCCCCAUGGCACCAAAAGAUUCAAAGUCACCCAAGGCGAAAAAGAGAGCAAAGAAAGAAGAUGACCAUGAUUACACAGACAAGAAAAAGGCGUCCAGAAGUCGCAGGGAAAGCACUACAAAGAAAAAAGUCAAACAGGAACGCAUGACUAAAACACCCAAGAAAGCAAAGGAUACACGUCUAAAGGAAACUGGAUCAAAGAGGAAAAAGACUGAAAAGGCCAGUGACGUAAACACACCACAGCCUGAAACAAGAUCAAAUACACGUACCAGGAAGAGCAGCGCUGCAGAGACGAUUGCAGGUCCAAAAAGGAGAAACGUGAGAGGCACCAGAUAGGACGGCAAAGAAAAACAAACACUGUAUGGGAGGCACCACUGUAUGGGACGGUUUUUAUAUUUUUAUACCAUUAAGUACUUUCUAAAUAAAACUAUUUCUACAGA